AUGCUUCCAACUCCUUUCACUCCUUCUAAUGAACAUUCGGCAGAUAAUAACGAGAAUGCUUCAUCCAAUGGCCGCACCUUAACAGGCGAAUCGGGCACCUCCUAUACAAAUCAACUCUUUGCGCUGGCAACACCGACGAGCAAUUCAAGUAUGAUUCUCACCAACCAUGGCGAUACAUAUACGUCGGGAAGCCGUUCCUUUUCCGAGGAUGUGUUGGAAGAAUCCGAUCAGGAUAUGUCUGAUGGAGGAGUGCCUUUGACCAUGACAUCUUCAUACGCAGAAGAUCUCAACGCCGAAAUGGAUGCAGUAGAUGCUGAAAUCAUGGGCCAGGAGAAUCUGGUAGGACUGCACCCUGAUCCUCCCUUUCAAUUCACAACCGAUUCGUCCUAUACAUACCAUGUCUUGAAUGAGCCGAAUUUUCCAUUGCAACUAGGAGGAGGUAGCUCAUAUCUAUCCGAGGGCCAUAUACCUGUACUCGAACCCACCAAUACCACGGAUUUACCAGCGGUAAUGUCAAAUUUUUUACAACAACUACAACAUAUUCAGGAUGGACAGGAGCAUGGAGAGUUCGAGUCGGCUCCAGAUGAACAUCAUGAUAUGUUUAUAAAUCAUAAUCAGAGUAUACCACCCUUUGCUUUCCUUGAUUUCCAUAAUCCUUUCCUUAUGCGGGCGCAAUUAGAUAUGUGGCACAACUCAGAUGUGCAAGCAACUGUCUCCCAGUCAGAUGUUCAAUUUUCGUCACCGCUAAAUGAAGCUGGGGAUGAUGAUCAGGAAUCUGAUGUUGACCAUGAUGUUGACCAUGAUAUUGACCAUGAUGCUGGCAUUGAUGCUGACCAACCUGAAGUUGACAAUCAACUCAACAUGAAUUUUGGCAACUUUCUUGAAGACUGGGCAUCAUCUCUCGCUCGCAGAGGCGCAAACCAGACAAGAACGAGGGGUCCUCCUUCACAGACUGCUAUCAAUAGCCAUUGUCUUGCCGACAAUAUUGAGCCCGUAAGGAGGUGCGACCUUCAGGGAGAGGAAUGCGACAUCCAGAGAAUCAACUGGAAAGACCUGGGUGUGACACGAUUGGAGGCGAGGCAAAGGCGCCGGAUCACCUACAAAAAUUAUACCACUCUCAUAUACCCUAAUCGCCCACAACUUCAUCCCCGACAGUUGCAUGGCACAAGACUUGGAAAUGACGAUAAUUACUUCAAAUUUCGGCAAAUGGACUUUCAACAUAACGUUCAUAUCCGACAUUUUCAAUUGCGCAACUUGAUCACCUGCCCUUCACAAGAUUGUAUAUUAUACGCCGCAAAAACAAAGGUUUUGCAUUAUAACCCUACCAUCGCAUCCACUCCUUCUGUGUUGAUAGACCUUGCCAAUCCAAGAAUACCGGCAUUUCAUUCUGUCUCGAACGGAUGUCAGAUUUCCACUCUGACUAGCGGUCACGAUAUUGUUGUUGCAGGUGGAUUUGAGGGGCAAUACGCCUUGAAUAGUACCAGGGCUCAAAAUGGCACGAAACACAUUGAAGGCGUAAUCACAGAGCAGCCAAACGACAUAACAAACCAUGCUCAAGUCCAUCUCUCAAGGUCUUCGACACCCUUGGUUACUUUUGCUUCGAAUGACUCGGGCAUUAGAACUCUUGAUGUUACAACCAACAAGUUCAUCUCGGAGCACAUAUAUGAUCAUGCUAUGAACUGUACUGCCGUAUCACCGGAUCGACGCCUACGUGUAUUGGUCGGCGAUACUCGCAAAGUCAUGAUUUGCAAUUCAGAUACAGGGGACAUUUUACAAGAACUUGAGGGUCAUCUUGAUUUUGGAUUUGCGUGUGACUGGUCCGAGGAUGGAUGGACGGUAGCGACUGGCAAUCAAGACAUGCAAGUGAAGAUUUGGGAUGCUCGAUAUUGGAACCGUCCGGUAGCAAGUAUCGCUGCAGAUAUGGCUGGUGUGAGGAAGCUCAAGUUUUCUCCUUUAGGUUCUGGUAGGCCGAUUUUGGUCGCAGCGGAACCAGCAGAUUAUGUCAAUAUCAUAAACGCUGAGACUUUUGACAGCAAACAGACUCUAAGCUUCUUUGGAGAGAUUGGAGGCUUCGACUUUACUAAUGAUGGUCAGGAGCUGAUUGUUGCAAAUUGCGACUCCUUGAGGGGCGGAAUCAUGGAAUUUGAACGUUGCGACUUUGCUACCGAAGGUCUGUGUGGGAAGGAUGAGCAAAUCAGAAUCAUGAUGGCUGGAAAGAAGCGAGAUUAUGGCCUUAGCAGUAUGGGUGAAGGUCUAUUGGAGGAGUCCUCAGAUCUUCGAGGCACUGCAAAGCGCCGAGAGAGAAGAGCAGCACUUCUAACAGAUCUAGGAUCAUUCUAA